AUUCUGAAGCCCACAGUUUAAUAUGUUUGGUUUUUUCCUGCUAUCAGUCUCUCCCCUUCUUUCGGUUUCAUCAUAUUUUGGAUCUCCCCUCGACUUUCUCACGACCCCCGUCUCCUCCCUCCUCUCUCACCAACUUCAUCUUUGAUCUCUUCGCUAUCCACCAUGCCUCCAUAUCCCUAGUACCCAUCUUUUUCAAACCAUUCAAAUUCUUUUCUCCGCAAUACAUUGAGCAAUUUUUCACAAUUUCGAUUUUUAUUGUAUACUUUGGAUUACGGGUUUUCUUUAUCUGUUCCUAGGAUAUCGAAUACCAUCUGGGUUUUGUUCGGAUCGAUUCAUUAUUCUUGCAAGCUUUGUUUUUUUGGGUUUGUGGGUUUUGUCUCAAAAACAUGGCAGCGAAGCUGGGAAUGCUCCAUUAUGUAUUGGACCAUGUGUAUGGUGCAUUCAUGCACAGAACCAAGAUAAGCCCUCAGUUUUUUUCAAGAGGGUGGGGUGGUAAACAGCUUGAAUUGCCGGAGAGGAUGAUUAACCAGCUAUUUCCAGAGGCUGCAGGGCAGAAUUGGCCUCCCAUUUUGGUCCGGCCCACUUGGAAGACUGUUUGGGAUAGCAAGAACGCUUGUCUUCGAGAAGGGGUGUUCAGAACUCCUUGUGAUGAGCAGCUUCUUAGUGCAUUGCCUCCUGAGAGUCACAACGCGAGAGUUGCUUUUCUUGUUCCGAAAUCGGUUCCCCCUCAGAAAAUGGCUUGUGUGGUUCACCUUGCAGGAUCUUACAGGUUUCGUCCCCUGUCGGGAACAACUUUUACUAGUAGGGGCUCAGCCCGAAGCAAAUAUACUGAGAAAAGAAGAUAUCCUAUGGUUGAUUCUACGAAGAGUAGAUUCGCCCUUUAUGCUAUGGCUCAUCACGGUUUUGCAAUAUUCUUAAUUUCUUCCUUCAUCUGUUGGGAUUGAAUUUGGUUCUUGUUCAGGAACAAGGUAUCAACUUGUUGGUGAAACAAUUUGUUGUAGAAUACUAACUUUGUUUUAUGAUUGAGCUGACUUUAUAACUUUUGAUUAUUCAUG